AUGAACCACAGAAGCACGAACGCCUCCGGCUGGAGACGGCUCAGCAUCGGCGUCAUAGGCGGCGGCAUCGGCGGCAUGUCCACGGCCAUCAGUCUGCGGCGUGCGGGCCACGACGUGACCGUGUACGAGCGCAACGACUUUGUCGGCGAGGUUGGGGCGUCCGUCUCGUGCGCGGCAAACGGCACACGCUGGCUGCACGAGUGGAAUGUCGACCUGUCCAGGGGAGAUGGCGUCGUUCUCAAGCGCCUCAUCAACCGCGACUGGAAGACCGGAGAGCCUGUGAGCGUCUAUGAGCUCGACGACUAUGAGGAGAAAUGGGGUUACGUCUAUUACAUGUUCCACCGUCAACACAUGCAUGCUAUGCUCAAAAGCUGCGCGUUUGAUGAGGCGGGUGAGGGACCGGUGCCUGUGUUGAAGGUCAACCAUGCUUGCAUCACUAUCAACACUGAAACCGGCACCAUUGCCUUCAGCAACGGCACAACCGCAACCCACGACCUUGUCAUCGGCGCCGACGGCAUUGGCUCCGUCGCUCGGCGUGCCAUCGGCCUGAACCCGGAGAAGAGACCGUCCGACUCGAGCUGCCUGCACGCUAACGUCACGACCGAAGAGGCCAAGGCGUUGGGGCUGGUCGACUACUCGCUCGACAGCGCGCUCGAGUACUGGGGCGGUCAGGAGGGCAAGUGGGACAAGAUUGUGCUUUCUCCUUGCAACGGCGGCAGCUUGUUGUCGUACUACUGCUUCUUUUCUCGCUCGGCGGGCGACUAUGCCUCGCAAACUUGGGGAGGCCAGGACAGGCCAGUUGAGGAGCUGUUGGCGCCAUAUCCAGAGCUGGAUCAGCAGGUCAAAAGCCAUCUUGCCAUCGGCAAGGAGAUUCAACCGUGGAGGCUUUGGGUUCACGUUGCGCUGCUGGGGGACGCGGCUCAUCCUCUGCGUUCUGAUGCGAAGUUCUUGGAGGAUCUUCAGCUCGAAUUCACGCUCACAAACCGUCAGAUGAUGCCGCACCAAAGCCAAGGCGCAUGCAUGGCGAUCGAAGACGCCGCUGCCCUGGGAAUCAUUUUCAGUAGGAAGCACUUCAGAGGAGACUUGACCGAGUGCCUGGCAGUCUACGAGCAGGUGCGACUUCCGCGGGCUACAAGAGUACAGGCUGCCGCCGCCAAGGCUGCGUCCAACAUUAACGAAAGGAUUGCCACUUACAAGGUCGAGGACGAAAAGAAAAAGUUGACGAUUGAGGAGAUGAACGCAUAUGACAUGUACAAGGAUAUCGAGGAAGUGUUUGCAAAGAGAAGGCAGACAGAGUUUGUACCAAAGUUUAUUCGGGGGCUACCAGUUGGUUUGAAACUCCCAAGCGGUAUAGUCAUUGGGGCCUCCGCGUGA